UUCCUGUCUCCUGGGCUUGGGUUCUAAACACUCCCACCAAAUAAAAUAACUCUCUACUUUCACGUGGUGGCUAACAUUUUAGUCUAUUGUUUUCAUCUAACGCCUGGAACUCGGGAUUCCAUUAAGAGAAGAGUCAGGAUGAGUGCUCACAACCCACCCAGACUUGUGAACUUGGCAGCAAUGAGCCUGUUGAGAGAUGAGGCCUUGGCCAUCUGCUCUUUGGAGUAUCUGCCCCUGGAGCUCUACCCACCACUAUUCGUGGCCGCCUUCUCUCUCAGACGCAGUGAGACCCUGAUGGCCAUGGUGCAAGCCUGGCCCUUUGCCCACCUGCCUCUAGAGAGGCUGAUGAAGAGGCCUCACCAAGAAACCUUAGAAGCAGUGCUGGAUGGACUUGAUGUCCUGCUGGCCCAGGAGGUUCACCCCAGGAAGUGCAAACUGUGGGUGCUGGACUUGAGAAAUACUGGCCAGGACUUCUGGAACAUGUGGUCUGGAGACAUGUACCAUGUGUUCUCAAGCUCACUGAUGGCAUCAGUGGCUAAAGACAUGUCAAGGACAAAGCAUCCCUUGGCUCCCUUGGAGAUGUACAUAAAUCUGUGGCUCAAGAAAAAGACCUUGGGCAAAUUCCUCAGCUACCUCUUCAGGUGGGAGGAACAGCGAAAAGGCUCCAUACACCUGUGCUGUAAGAAGAUGAGAUUGUUUCAAGGUCCAAGGAAAAUAUUAAGAAAGUUCUCAGUAUGGUGA